AGAAUUCGCAACCAACAACCAUGGCGUCCGUUGUGUUAAAAGUUUUGGGAUUAACUUUAGGCUUAUUUUUCAUAUUUGUCGGAACUAUCAAAUUAACACCUUCUGUCAAUGCUGAAAUAUACAAAGAAAUGGUACCAUUUACAUUACACUCUUAAUAGAUUCCAUACAUAAACACUCGCCCUAUUAUUUAUUGAUGAUUAAUGAAAAUGAUAAAGAAAAUUGUCAUCAUUUUCUCAGUAAUUCAGUUCAGGCCUGAGACUCAGUGGACAAUUCACCUAUAUCACUACUAAAAAGAACUAUCAGCCUACUCAUAGCUAUUCCUAUCACAUAAUGACAUAAAUUCAUAAAUCAUAAUGUGGUGGCAUAUGCAUACUAACAUUCACAUAGUCAUAACUUAGGCUUACAUAAUAAAAUAUAGGCCUAUACUAAUAAUGACUUUUAUUAAACUUUUAUUGCAAAUAUUUUGAAAUAUGAAGACUGAUUUAACUGAUGAUAGUAAUCAGUAAUAGAAUAGAUUUUAUAGAGUCUGAUACUGAUGAUACAAAUUCAACAGUCAACAUUGACAUCAUUAUCAUCAUUACUGUCGCUUGCAGUUGCAUUCAUUUUCAUUAACUCAAACUUUGUUCAUGUCAUGUUCCACUCAAUACUGGGACUGUAUUUCUAAAUUUGAUUUUCAAUUUCCAUGAUCUGAAAUAAAACUUAAGACUUAUGGCAUUUAAUUAUGCCUAUAUGAAAUAAGUAGUGAAAACACUAAGUUGAAGUCUAAAAUCAGUUUCAGGUAUCUGAUAAGUCUUAAGACUUAAGUCAAUAACUUUUCAUUUUGCAAUAUAAAUAAUUUGCUAAAUUUAACUAAAUAUAAGCCAAAAUCAUUAGGCCUUAUUGGCUUAUAAUGGCUAAUGCCUAAAUUAAACAAAUUAAUAUUCUUAUAUUCAAGAGCCUAUUCAGAAAUUUAGCUAUCUUAUCCUUUACCAUUAUUAUUACAGCUUUAUAAUCAGGUUUGAGAACUCAAAAAAAUUCAUUUUACUGACAAAUAUUUUAAAUCUUCUAAAUUUUUAUUUACCAACAUGUACAAUGGAACUUUGGAUAAAGAACUUAAUCCUUUCUGAGGAUCCAUUCUUUAACUGAAUAAUCACUAGUCAAAAUUUAAAUCGAUGUAAAUUCAAUCAAUCUUUUCCAGCCCUCGCAAUAUGGAAUUUUUACAUCUAUAAUUGUUGUUCUACAAUGAAACUGUAUAUUUUUAUGUGAAUUCGCAGCCUCUCCAUGUCUUAAAACACUAUGAUUUCUACCUCUUCAACAAAAUUUAUCUUACCACCUCUACUCUCUUUAAAGUCUUCAGAACUUUUACUCUAUUUUGGCCAACAAAUCACUGUGCAACUGCCUAAACUUUUCACAAAUUAUUGUCUCACUAACACUAUCUGCAGACCACAGCCAGCUGCUUUCAUCCAAACUAACAGUUUUUCUACUUCCUCUAGCACUUUAGACACACAUUCACUCCAUUAGCGACAUCAGUCACCUUUAGUGUCUCUUUGUUCUUUGAAAUAGUACAAUUAGUCUAUUUCAACAUAUUGUAUUGUUUGGUAAUGUCGGAUAACCCAAAAGCCAUUAUCAUGUUAUAAAUAUAAUUUAUUACUUUAUGUCUAGACCAGUGGUUCUCAACCUUCCUAAUGCCGCGACCCUUUAAUACAGUUUCUCAUGUUGUGGUGACCCCCAACCAUAAAAUUAUUUUCGUUGCUACUGCAUAAAUGACCUCUAAAGGGCUCACGGCCCACAGGUUGAAUACUGCUGGUCUAGACUAACACGAUUCCUAUUAAUAAAACUUUUCUCCUUAAGCACAUAUAUUGUGCAAUUUUUAUUCCAUUUGCAGUUGCAUCUGUUGAUUUUAUGGAAUCGUGCUAAAAUAAAAUUAAAUUAUAUCUUUGAUCUAUGUAAAAAUUUAUAUUAUGAAGAACUCUUUGAAAUGAAUGAGGAAUAUAGCUUUUAAAAUAAUAACAAUCUUAAAAUAUUGAUCAUUUUUUUCAGAGGAAAAUUUACAUUCGAAAUUCAAAGGUUUUUCCACUUGUUAAGCAAACAGGAUGGAAGCCAAAUCCUCAUACAUAUAGAAAAACGGUUGGUUCCACAGAAAUAAUAUGUGGUGCUUUCCUUGCUUUCCUUCCAGGUAAGUUUUUAUUGAUACAAUGGCAAUAAAUUGAAUAAAUUUUAUUUUCAAAUUUUCUAUAUCUUUUUUAAGGGUUUUAAUUUUAUUGAUUUGGAAGAUAACUUUUGCUGUUUUUCUAACAUUCAAACCAGUUUUGAUCAUUUGUUCUCUCAGGAUCUAUUGUAAUUUUAAUUAACCACAUUUUAUAAAUUUUAUAUUUACAGGCCCUCUUAAAGAAGCUGCUAAUAUUUUCCUACUUGUGAUUACAUUAAAUGAAAUAUAUGCUCAUUAUGCACUUGAUGAAGGUCUGGAAAAGAUGAGCCCAGCUAUAGUUUUCUCCCUUCUUUUGACUUGUCGGUUGGUCAUCUUCCUUCAGUCGUUGGCUGCUGAACCAAAGUCUGUAUUUGAAAAGAGUCAACUUGAGCCAGGAGUGACAGCACCAACUAGCAGAGUGGAUGAUAAGAAGGAUCAGUAAUAUCACGGCUCAUUCAUCAAGUCUCAACAAUUCACAAUCAUCUUCUAGCACAGUAAAGGAAGUCAUCAUAUUGUGGUGAAAAGAUGCAUUCAUUUUCAAUGCCUAAAAAAAGUUAUUAGCCAAGCUAAUUACAAAUCAUUACCUGAAAGUAUCAUUGACAACGAUUAAGUAGAUUUUAUUAAAUCUUUAUUUUUAAAAUAUUAGUCUCACAUAGUUUAUGUACGGUAGCUGCAAGUAGAUUCAUUUUGAUAUUUAUAUUCCCACUUACUUAAAUGAUUUGUGUGGUCAAAUUUAAGG